GUGCACUCCAAUGCUGCUGCCAAGCUUGUAGUUAUCGGCUGAAACGCUGCUGGCAACGUGCGUGGCUGGGAACAAAACAAGAGGUGCAGGAUACGACGUAUACGUUUUGUGGAAUUUUAGUGUAACGUAUCACCUUCAGUACAAGCAUGAGCAUCGCCGCAUUACUAGAAGCUGCCGAAUAUAUAGAAAGGAGAGAGCGAGAGGCAGAACAUGGAUAUGCGUCCACGAUGCUUCCCCUUCCAGAAGAUCUCAAUAGAAGAAGACCAAAAUUGAAAAAGACUCAGGGAAACAGGUCAUCGCACAAUGAACUGGAAAAGAACAGGCGGGCUCAUUUGCGGAAUUGUCUCGAAAAAUUAAAGGAAAUCGUUCCUUUAGGACCCGAAUCAAAUCGCCAUACGACGUUAGGUCUUUUAACCAAAGCUAAAUCCUUCAUUAAGACACUUGAAGACAAAGAUAGGAAGCAUCAGGUACAAAAGGAACAGCUAUUAAGGGAGCAGAGAUAUCUCAGGCGGAGAUUGGAUCAGCUAAAUGGACCAUUCCAUUACGAACGGAAACGGAGAAGUGUCAGUGAGUGCAGUUCGACAUCACCCUCGACAUCUUCCACGUCAGAAACAGAUGAGGUGGAUAUAGUGGGUUACAAUAGCAGUCAGAGUGAUACUGAUGAUCAUAGCAGCAUCCAGAGCCUGACAAGUGACGGAGGAGUGUCCAUCUGCACCAAACGUCUCAGUCUGGGAGAAAACGGAUCCAUUUAACACUGCCUACUCAUCUGAACAUUCGACACCAACGGGCAAUACUUCAUUUGAUGAUGGCGCUGAUACAGAAUGAAAAGGAUCUAGUAAUUAUCACAUGGACUGCCCAAAUCGUUUCUAAUCCUCUCCUGAAAAAAAAAAAAACAUUAAAAAAUUAUAUAAUAAACUAAAGUACGGUCAUCUUUAAAAAAAAUAUAUAUUCGCGGACUUCUUGGUGGGCAUUUUCCUUCGGAAUGUGUAAAAUAUGCAUUUCUUGCGGAUGCUCACCUACAUGUUAAAUCUCCAUUGACUUGUUCGGAGCUACCUAAUGGAAUGUACAGUCUGUGUGUUAGAUGUUUGAAAAAAAUGAGUGAAUGAGUACGUAAAGUAUAUAUUCCUGUAACAUACUACAAUUAGUGACUUGGUCACUAUAAAUUGUUUCAUAGGAAGAGCUGGAAUUGGCAUCAGUCCUUAGGCAGCUUCUAUCUCUUGAAUUCCAUCAAGAGGAAUGGAAAUUGAUAAUUACAUUUUUAAAAAAAAACUUUUAAAUUAUUUUAAACAAAAGUGCAACAAAAGUCUUUAUUUCCAGACGUAGCUUAUAAUAUCACAAGGCCUAAAAUAUUUAUUUUGACUGAGAUUAGAAAAAUUUUAUUUUUUGUUGACUAAAGUGAUAAAUGGAUGACCUUCAGAUAUCAUUCUACUUUAUUUUAUUUUAUUUUUUUAAUUUUUAGGCUCCAGCUUAAAAAAUAAAAAUAAAUUUCUGCUAACAGAAAUAAAUUAUUUAAUUUAAACCAAAAGAAUAGAAAAG